AUACUUUCUUUAUAUAUAGUGUUAUUUUAUUUUUAACAUCAACAUUCCUUCUCCUUUUUUGUUAUUAUUUAUUUUUUCCGGCCUAUUUAUGGUGGUCUUGCUCCUCUACAUAUAUUACUCACCACACUUGAAAAUAUCCACCUUGUUCCUGCGACACCGAUAGAUAUAUUAUACAUGUCUGUCAUCCCCUCAUCGGACCCGGACCUCCGGUCACCCUUGCUAUCUUCUUUAGAAGAACCGGCAAGGAAACCCGAGAAGGGACCAGACGUUCAAAAGCUAACAAUAGAUGACAUGUUACAGAAACAUUGUGGUGAAUUUGGGACAUGGCAAUUACGUCACUUUGUGUUAACAUGCUUGGCUUGGGCGCUUGAGGCCUUCCAUACUAUGGUGAUGAUAUUUGCUGACCGUGAGCCGGAGUUUAGGUGUCUUGGUUCGGGUUGUGAUGAGAUGGCUAAAAGUGUUUGUGGGUUUGAACCUGGUUCGUGGGAUUGGGUUGGUGGUGCGGGGAGCUCAACGGUGGCUCAGUGGGGGUUGGUUUGUGGAGAAAAGUACAAGGUUGGGUUGGUUCAAGCUGUUUUCUUCGGUGGCUGCAUGAUUGGUGCUGGAACAUUUGGUCAUCUCUCGGACUCUACGCUAGGAAGAAAAGGCUCCUUGACAGUAGUUUGCUUACUAAAUGCUGUGUUUGGUUGCUUAACAGCAUUAGCCCCAGACUACUGGACCUAUCUCCUACUUCGUCUCCUCACCGGUUUCAGCACUGGUGGCGUUGGCCUCUGCGCCUUUGUUCUUGCUACCGAGCCUGUAGGAUCCUCGAAACGUGGUGCGGCUGGCAUGUCCACAUUCUAUUUUUUCUCAACUGGAAUAGCAAUGCUGUCAGGUAUAGCUUACAUUUUCCCCUCUUGGCGGGAGCUGUACAUUGCCUCGUCUAUCCCCUCUAUCCUUUUCCUUGUCAUUGUUCUUCCUUUUAUCUCUGAGUCCCCGCGUUGGUACCUUGUUCGUGGGAGGAUCAAUGAAGCAAUGACAUUAAUGAGGACCAUUGCUAAAUCUAAUGGAAAACAUCUUCCUGAUGGAGUUGUCUUGGCCCUUGAUGAAGAUGUAAAUGAAAGUUAUGUCAAUGACCAAAGUGACAAGCAAGGUUUUGCUACAAAAGAAGCAAUAACUGGUUCUGUAAUUGACGUAAUUCGCUCACCAGUCACCCGUGUUCGCCUGUUUUUAGCAGUAGCAAUCAACUUCAUGUGCUCAGUUGUCUACUAUGGCCUUAGCCUGAAUGUUGUCAACCUUGAUACCAACCUUCACCUAAAUGUGGUGCUUAAUGCAGUGGCUGAAAUGCCAGCAUUCACUAUAACAGCACUUUUGUUGGACAAGUUUGGAAGGAAACCAUUGACAAUCGGGACUCUAUGGUUCAGCGGCUUUUUCUGCUUUGCAGGGUGUUUGAUGGGAGGUGUUGGGAUAUGGAAAGUGGUGAGGAUGAUUUGUGGGAUUUUGGGUAUUUUUGGGAUGGCUGGGACAUAUAAUUUGCUGUUUAUAUACACAGCAGAGUUGUUUCCUACAGUUGUUAGAAAUGUAGCCCUUGGUUGUGCAACGCAAUCAGCACAAAUGGGGGCAAUAUUGGCACCCUUCAUCGUAGUUAUGGGUGGUGCAUUACCAUUUGCAGUUUUCGCAAGUUGUGGUUUUGUAGGAGGAUUGCUUGCAUUUUACCUGCCAGAGACGCUAAAUCGGCCAUUGUAUGACACGAUCACUGGAAUGAAGGAAGGAGAAGGUGGUUUGUCAGGUGUGUGAACGUGUUUGUAUGUUUUGCAAUUUUGUUGCUUUAGAUUCAUUAGAUAAAGCUUUUGUGAGGUUUUGCUUCUAAGAUCUCCUGCUGCCCCCUCUCCUGAUUCCCGACCUUCAUCGGUGCAGAAAGCAAUGUGUCCAUGUUAUGAAACAGCAUGCUUAUCUGGUCAUCAUACAGUACUUGCAUAAA